CGGCGGAAAAUAAAAGCUUUAAAAGAUAAAUAUUUGCACCCGAUAGACAAGAAGUAUGCGUCACUCCAGUGUACCUUAGACUAUUUGGAUACUUCAACCUCGGAAAGACAACUGGUCGAAGAAUACUUCGCUGCAGUCGGUUCUGACUCCUGCGAAAUUCUGCAUGUUUGGCGUGUUUCCCAUAAAAAAAGA